CUAUGCCUGACAUUAAACGAAAAGCUAAAUUAUACCAUUUUAAAUUUCGCUUCAAUACAUAGAACUACUGCGGAAAAGUGAAGAAUAGAAGUAGAAAAAAUAAAAUUCAGCUCAUUAAAAAUAAUGAAGUUUUCGUUUGUGCUACAGCAGUGCUGGUUAAUUUGUUUAAAUCUAGUUUUGGCAGUCAUCGCAAGUGAUUUAACAAUACAAUCCAAUACAACAACAUCACAGGCAACCACGUCUUGUCCCUCGCUCCAGAACGCGGACGCAUUAACCCAAACGCAAUUGAUUUUUGAACUUACAGCUCCAUGUCGCUAUGAUAAAUUUGAAAGACCAUUUUCAUUACUUGAAAAUAACUCUGUAGCCGAUCAACCAUUGAACAUUUAUGUGCGCAUCUAUAUUACUGAUAUAAAAGUAUUCAAUUCCGAUUAUGUACAGUUAAAAAUAUUUGGAUUUCUACAAAUUUAUUAUAUGGACAAUAGAUUGGCAUUUGGAGACUAUGCUCCAAAGCGCCUACAACCGAUAUUUGGCGAUGCACAAUUGCUUGAUCGCAUUUGGGUUCCACAUAUAUUGUUCGGUAAUGAAGAGAAUUCCGCUAUCUUAGGAACAAAUGAUAGUGAUAUUUUAUUAGUCAUAAAAUCGGAUGGUUUGUUGAGUAUUUCUUCCCGAAUACAAACAACAUUAUCUUGUUCGGUAGCAUUAAAUAAAUUCCCCUUCGACGAUCAACAAUGCUCUGCAAUUAUAGAAAGUUGGAUGUACAAUUCUUCCAAUGUAAUAUUACGCUGGGAUGACGAAAAUCCUAUCGGUUUUGAUCAAAACACACACCUAAUGCAGUACGAUUUACUAUAUUAUUGGCGCAAUGAAACAAUCAUACAAACCACAAAAGGAGAUCUACGAUACACGCUGCUGGGAGGCAAUUAUAGCUCGAUAAGUUUCACCGUUUACUUAACUCGCGAUUCGCUGUUUUAUAUAUUUGAUUAUUUUUUACCUUCCAUUAUGCUUGUUUGUAUUUCUUGGGUUUCGUUUUGGCUUCAAGCUGAUCAAACCCCAGCUAGGACCACAUUAGGUACAAGUACCAUGCUCUCACUCUUUACCUUAAGUUCUUAUUACGAGAAAAAGUUCGAAGGAAAAAACCACGCAGAAUUUUUUGAAGUUUGGUUUUUCGGUUGUACGUUCUUUAUAUUUGGUAGUCUAAUGGAAUUCGCCUUUGUAAAUACUAUAUGGCGACGAAAUAGAGGAUUGACUCUGAAGCAAGUCAAUAGUAAAUAUAUUUUAAUAUCGACACUAACUCCAAAAGUGAUACCACAAUCUAAGAACUGUGAUUGCGAGAUAGAUGGUCAUAUACAUUUCUUUAAUGGGAAUAUGUAUGAUAUAUCUACGAAUAAAGAGCAUAUCAAACUGUCAGAAACCGACGUAAAUAUAAGCGAUAAAAAACAACAAGCUUCUAAUGAUUCAUGGGUGACGAUGACACCGCAUGAGGUUUCUCUUUGGAUAGAUCGUAAAGCAAGAUUUGUAUUUCCACUAUUGUUUAUCAUAUGUAAUGCUGUUUAUUGGAUAUUAGUUUAUUGUUUGUAAUUUUACAAUACUAUAUUAUUUACUAAACACUUACGUUCUAUAGAAAAAAUUAGUAUUAGUUCAUACUUUUUAGUUAUUGUCAAUUUAAUAAAGUUUAACAAGUCUCUCAAUAAAGAUGAUAAAUAAAUUAUGUAUAAAUAAUAUUUGAUGUGUUAAUGAA